AUGAAUCCCGAGAAGACCAACAAGCCGGGUGGUAACCAACUUCGAGGUCGGCCUGAUGCCAAUGGCCCCAACGGUCGUAAGCUCCCCGAUCGUAUUCGACAACAACGUGAGCGAGAAGCUCAGAGUCAACCUUUGACCCAGGCGGAAGGACUCGGGAUGGAGAAUCUUCGCAUCUCCAACGCCACCACCAACAGAGCUGGCAAUCAAUCGGAGACCUCUACUUCCCGCAGCGGCCAAUAUCGCCGCCGUGGUAGAGACAGACUCUCACUUCCUCCCAACGGGAGCGGUGGCUCCAAAAUUCCUUCUUCUAAGCAAGCCUUUGCCACGUCGGCUGAAGCUACUGCUCAUGACUAUACCCCUGUCUUCUGUAGCCAGGCCGGCAUCGAACCUGCCAGUUACACCAGGCCCGUCUUCGGUGGUCAGGCUCGUGUCGAAUCCACCAGUCCAAUCGUCCCUAUCUUCGGUCCUCAGGCUGGUAUUGCGCCUGCCAGACCAAUUUCCCAUGCCUUCGGUAGCCAAGCUGGUGUUAGUCGGGCUGAGUCAGAGCGUUACCUUGGCUUAUUCCUUGAAGCCAGCGCCGGCGAGCCGUCGGCAUCUGCAACUCCUCCUGAGUCGGAGUACGAGGAUGAGGAGGAUGCCACAGACAGGACGGCGUAA